AUGUCUGGCAAGGGCGGAAAAUCUGGCAAAUCCUCCGGUGGCAAAGCUGGUGGCGAUUCCUCGAAGACCCAAUCCCGCUCUGCGAAAGCAGGCCUUCAAUUCCCUGUCGGUCGUGUGCAUCGUCUUCUGAAGAAGGGCAACUAUGCCCAGCGUGUUGGUGCUGGUGCACCUGUUUACCUUGCAGCAGUCCUCGAGUACUUGGCUGCUGAGAUUCUGGAACUUGCUGGCAACGCCGCGCGAGAUAACAAGAAGCAACGUAUCGUCCCACGGCACUUGCAGUUGGCUAUUCGAAAUGACGAAGAAUUGAACAAACUACUUGGUGACGUUGUUAUUUCCCAAGGUGGUGUUGUGCCAUUUAUCAACCCCGAACUGCUCCCCAGCAAAACGGCGAAGGGCAAGAAGGACGGCAACAGCCAGGAGGUUUAA